AGGGAGAUGUGGUCCCACCGACCCGGGCACGGAAGGAAGGAGAAGUGGAGGGAAGGCCGGGCAGAGCCAGCGAGAACGAAGCUGCUGGCGGUACCAUGAAAUCGCUUCUGCUUUUGCUGCUGGUGCUCCCGGACCUGGUGCAGGCCCCGGGCCCCCUGCACAGGGUGCCCCUCAGGAGGCGUCAGUCCCUCCGAAAGAAGCUGCGAGCUCGGGGCCAGCUCUCCGAGUUCUGGAAAUCCCAGCAUCUGGACAUGAUCCAGUUCACCGAGUCCUGCAAGAUGGACCAGAGUGUCAACGAGCCCCUCAUCAACUACUUGGAUAUGGAAUACUUUGGCACCAUCUCCAUUGGCUCCCCACCGCAGAACUUCACCGUCAUCUUUGAUACCGGCUCCUCCAACCUCUGGGUCCCCUCCGUGUACUGCACCAGCCCGGCCUGCAAGACACACCCCAGGUUCAGCCCUUCCCAGUCCAGCACGUACAGUGGCCCAGGGAGCCACUUCUUCAUUCAGUACGGGACGGGGAGCUUGUCCGGAGUCAUCGGAGCCGACCAGGUCUCCGUGGAAGGGCUGACUGUGGUCGGCCAGCAAUUUGGAGAGAGUGUCACGGAGCCUGGCCAGACCUUUGUGGACGCAGAGUUCGAUGGCAUUCUGGGCCUGGGAUACCCCUCCUUGGCUGUUGGAGGGGUGACUCCAGUGUUCGACAACAUGAUGGCCCAGAACCUGGUGGACGUACCCAUGUUUUCUGUCUACAUGAGUAGUGACCCAGAAGGCGGUGCGGGGAGCGAGCUGAUUUUCGGAGGCUAUGACCACUCCCAUUUCUCUGGGAGUCUGAACUGGGUCCCGGUCACCAAGCAAGGCUACUGGCAGAUAGCACUGGACACUAUGCCGUGGAGUGUGACAAUCUCAAUGUCAUGCCGGAUGUCACCUUCACCAUCAAUGGAGUCCCCUACACUCUUCAACCAACUGCCUACACCCUGCUGGACUUCGUGGAUGGAAUGGAGUUCUGCUCCAGUGGCUUCCAAGGCCUUGACAUCCAGCCUCCAGCCGGGCCCCUCUGGAUCCUGGGCGAUGUCUUCAUUAGACAGUUUUACUCUGUCUUUGACCGAGGGGAUAACCGUGUGGGGCUGGCCCCAGCCGUCCCCUAAAGAGGGGCCCCCUGUCUGUGCCUGCUGCCUAACGCCCCUUGGAAAUCCAGCUGGGCCUGUCAGGUGGGGGCAUUGUUCACACCUGUCAAAAAGUCCUUUCCAAUAGAUUGCAUUUGUUCAGAGGGGCAACUUCAAUUAGAAAUAAACACAGCUGAGACUGCGCACACACACGCUCACACAUUUCCAUAUAUCACCACCUCUACCACCAUCAUGAUAGGAGUAAGUUGUAUGCCCAAACUUUUUAUUGCUUUUGGCUAACAUUUUAUUAUGGAAAUCUCCAAUUAUGGGCAUUAUGUAUAGAAGCAGAGAUUAUCCUAUAUAAUAAAAGCAUAGUAUGUAAAUUGUUCCUCUGGGAGUUUGACCAGGGGGCGGGGCCAGCCAGGGGAAGGGAGGGAGUACCCGCCAGGCAGCCAGCAGCUGCUAAGGACUUGGGCCCCCAGUAGUGUAAUAAAUCCCUAUGCACACCCCACCUGCACAUGGCCAGGACUGUUUUUUCUGCACCACCACCCACUCCUCUCUCCAGCCCCGCAUACCUGGAUUAUUUUGAAACAAAUUCUUAGCAUCACAUCAUAAGUCAUCACAUCAAGGAUUUAUCCAUAAAUCCUUGUAACUUCCUAAAUGUGCGGUCAGUGUUCAAGUGGUUCCUAUUACCUCAUAAAUGUUUGGUCACAUUUGCAGUUGACUUCUGUGUGUCAGGAUUCGAAAGUCCACAAAUUACACUUACAUGAGAUGUCUCUUAUGUCUCUUUUCAUCUGUAGAGUUUACCACAUUCUGAACUUUGCAGAGGUGUCAUGUAACAUGGUUCUCUGGGCUCAUCUUUCCUAUAAAAUGGUAGUUGGAUCUAGGGGCCUGAUUUUGUGGCAAGAAUACUUCAUAGGUGGCGCUGGGCACAUCCCACUGUAACCCAUCAGGAGAUAGGUAAUGCUUGGCGCCUGUCUGGUAGGAGUAGUAGGGAUGGUGAGUGGGUCCCAGAGUUCUCAGCCUCAUCCAUCCAUUUAUGACAAAUUUCCCUUUGGUAUUUUUUGAAAAUUUUUCCCUUUAUUUUAUUUUAUUUUUGGUAUUUGACCUCAAGGUUUUUGCAGCCAUUGAUGAUCAGUGCUUAAAUCCACGGUGUCAUUAGGAAGGGAUACAAAACAGGGAUUUUUCUAAUUCUGUUUUUCCUCCUGUAUUUGUUAGCUGGGAUUCUUUUCUAAAAAUAACUAAAAAAAAUAAAAAUAAAAAUAACUCUUUUACUCGUAGACACAGAGAAUAGAUUGCUGGUUGCCAGAGGGGAGGGGAAUUGGGGAACUGGGCGAAAAAGGUGAAGUCCAAAUUGAUAGUUACAAAACAGACACAGGGAUGUCAAGUCCGGCUUAAGGAAUAUACUCAAUAAUGUUGUCAUAACUAUGCAUGGUGCCAGGUGAGUACUGCAAAUAUAGGGGGAAAUGCUUUAUAAAGUAUAUAAUUGUCUCCAGUGGUCGGCAAACUGCGGCUCGCGAGCCACAUGCGGCUCUUUGGCCCCUUGAGUGUGGCUCUUCCUAAGCCUUAGGAGUACCCUAAUGAAGUUAAUAACAAUGUACCUACCUAUAUGGUUUAGGUUUAGAAAAUUUGGCUCUCAAAAGAAAUUUCAAUCAUUGUACUGUUGAUGUUUGGCUCUGUUGACUAAUGAGUUUGCCAACCACUGGUCUAGCCACAUGCUAUACAACUGAACUAAUAGAAAAUAAUAUUAAAUAUAAGCUGUAACUGAAAACUAAAAUUUUUAAAAUAAUAAAAUAAAAUAAGGCUCCCAAACCCCCUCUUUUUCAACGGUUUGCUCACCAUGAGGUAUAGCUCAUACAGGAAAGGCAAAAAUACUUGUUUACCCCCCUUUCUUUACCAGUUUCAGAAUAAUGAGUGCUUUAGCUUACUGCAGUUUUUAGUGCUCAAUCACCCCACCUUUACUUAGCCAGUGGGCCCUGAACUUUUUACUUCACACAAUACAAAGAGUUGUUCCAUAGAAGCAUAGAGCAGACUGUGGAAUCUCAGAAGGAAGGUGGCUGGGUGGGAAGAGAUCAACUAAAGAGCUUGUAUGCAUAUAUGCA